AUGGUUCUUUCUGAGUUCAGUGUUCGGGGCUCCUAUGGGCUUCAGUCCCCGCAGGCCCGCGAUGGGGGUGUGAAAAAGAGAAAGGCUAACGAGGAGUUGGAUGAUAAUAGAAUUAAAGACAUCCGGAAGCGUCCCAGAGGGACAACCCCAGUGUCUGGAGCUGGCGCCCCCCAGCAAUCUGGCGGUGCCUUCUCCUCCCUAUCCACCGCUCCUACUGCUGGAUUCAGUGCUCCCCCGGCCCAGUCGACAGGCUUUAAUUUCGGCCAGACUCAAAGUUUCCCGGGAGCCAGCUCGACUCCCACGCAGUCCAGCCAAGCCAAUUCAACCCCCUUCUCCUUUGGCGGCGGUAGCCAGCCAGGUUUCAAUUUCUCUGGAGGCUUUGGCUCCUCUAGCUCUGCUCCUGCUGCUAACCCCUUUGCCACUGGCUCUUCUUUUUCUGCUGGUUCUUUCGGUACUGGUGACUCCACCUCCUCUCAGCCAGCCCAACAAAACACUCCCUUCUCUUUUGGCGGCUUCGGAAGCAACCAAUCUACUACCCAACAGCCAUCUUUCGCAUCCACUCCGUUCGGAGCCCAGCCCGCAAGCACAGCUACCGGGACUGGCCUGUUCGGACAGCCGGCUACCAAUAAUGCCGGAACGAAUUCUGUUGCAGACUCCAUGCAAACCUCGCCUGAUAGCAAGCCCAAGGCGCCUGCUGGAAACACUUCGCCCUCCUUGCCCUCUGCGCCUUCUCUGAAUCGUAGUCUGUUCGGUGACUCGGGAUCUUCGACUCCCUUGUUUGGUGCUGCUACGCCUGCUUCACAACCAGAGAAAUCGAACACCGCUUCAUCCACAGCUCCCAAUAUCUUUUCCGCAACAAAGGCUGCCGCACCAGUAUCCUCAAGCAAUCCGUUUGCUGGGCUCGGCGCUUCAUCGGCAUCAGAGAAGCCGUCAUCCCCGUUUUCCUUUACUCCAGCGGCUUCGAAGCCUGCGGAGCCCGAAGCGGUCAAUGGAACGCAAAAAGCACCCCUCUUCGGCGCUGCUACGCCUUCUGGUUCACAGCCAGAGAAAGUGAACACCAAUCCAUCGACAGCCCCCAGUCUCUUUGGCGCCACAAUGGCUGCAACCCCAGUACCCUCAGGCAAUCUUUUUGCUGGACUCGGCGCCUCAUCAACAGCAGAGAAGCCUUCUCAACCAGAUGGAUUUAAGUCCACCUCAACCUCAGCUCCCAAUCUCUUCUCCGCCACAAAAACGGCGGCACCAGCAUCCUCAAGCAAUCCGUUUGCUGGGCUCGGCGCUUCAUCGACAACAGAGAAGCCAUCAUCCCCGUUCUCCUUCACUCCAGCGGCUUCGAAGCCUGCGGAGCCCGAAGCUAAUGAAACGCAAAAAGCGCCACUCUUCGGUGCUUCUACACCUGCUUCACAGCCAGAGACAGUGAAAACCACUCCAUUCACUGCUCCAAAUAUCUUUUCCAACACAAAGGCUACCACACCGGCAUCAUCAGGCAAUCUAUUUGCGGGACUUAGCGCCUCAUCAACAGCAGAGAAGCCUUCUCAGCCAGAUGGAUCAAAAUCCACUCCGACUAAAGCUCCCAACCUCUUUUCUGCCGCAAACACUGCCGCACCAACACCCUCAGGCAAUCCGUUUGCUGGACUUAGCGCCUCGACGAUAGCAGAGAAGCCGUCAUCACCAUUCUCCUUCACUCCAGCGGCUUCAAAGUCUGCGGAGCCCGAAGCGGUCAAUGGAACGCAAAAAGCACCCCUCUUCGGCGCUGCUACGCCUUCUGGUUCACAGCCAGAGAAAGUGAACACCACUCCAUCGACAGCCUCCAAUCUCUUUUCCGCCACAAAUACUGCCGCACCAGCACCCUCAGGCAAUCCGUUUGCUGGACUCAGCGCCUCCUCGACAACAGAGAAGCCUUCCGCCCCAUUAUCAUUCACUCCAGCGACUUCGAAGCCCGAGAAAGUGAAUGGGAAUCCUUCUCCCGUUACUGGGUCCGCGCACGAAAUGUCCGGUCAGAAACCAAUUGCGGGCCGUAAUACCACCACUUCAAAUGAUGUGAGAGGGCAGUUUCCAACUCCGGACUUCGGCGACGAUUUGACCCAGGAACUCAAGGACAAAGCUGAGGUGCUUUGGAAGAUUCGGACCUUGGAUAUGCAUUUCCAACAGCAAAUCGCCAAGGUCAAGCCUGGAGAGACAUCGUUUGAUAAUAUCCUUCUUUUCUACAUGAAGGUUCGCAAGAGCUUGGGUGAACCAGUCAAGAAGCGUGACAACGAAUCCUGGUCCUCUGAGAAAACUCCCACUCAGAAUGGUCAAUCUAAAGUUCCUGUGACCAAUGGCGUAAAUGGUUCCGCCACGUCCAACAUUUUUGCGAAGUCGUUCUCUUCCCCUAAACCUACUCCCCCUGAGUUGGAAAAUGGCUCGCUUCAGUCUGCUUCCACUAAGCUCGGCGGUGCGCCGGCUUCUCCUGCCCCGUCAUUGUUCGGUGGUGCAUCCUCUCCUGCUCCCCCCAAAUUUGGUGGUGCAUCUUCAUCUCCUGCCCCGUCAUUGUUCGGUGGUGCAUCCUCUCCUGCUCCCCCCAAGUCUGGUGAUGCAUCUUCAUCUCCUGCCCCGCCAUUGUUCGGUGGUGCAUCCUCUCCUGCUCCCCCCAAGUUUGGUGGUGCAUCUUCAUCUCCUGCCCCACCAUUGUUCGGUGGUCCGUCGUCUUCUGCUCCACCUAAGUUUGGGAAUGCAACCUCCGGCCCUGUCGAUUUUAUGGCACAGUUCAAGAAGACAGCCGAAAGCACUGCGGCCAAGGAGAAGGCCAAGCGCAAGGCUGAGGAGUUUGACUCUGAAGAAGACGACGAGGAAGAAUGGGAACGUCGCGACGCCGAAAAACAACGCGAGAAGCUUGCAAAGUUUGCGGCCGAUGCUGGAAAGGCUGAAACCGCUAAAGCCGUCUGGGUUCCAGGACAAGGCUUCAAGCCGGCGGAAUCCGCCAAGUCAGCCACACCUACUCCUGCUGAGUCCCCCGCUCCAUCUUCUUCUGCUUCGAUUUUCGAGUCAUCUUUAGUCCCUCUUUCCGACUCCGAGAAUAUCUUUGGUCGUAUCUCUACACCGAAGAUCUUGGAGAAUGACAAAGAUAGCGACGAGUCUGAUUCUGGGGAUAAGACUACCUCUCCCAAACCCCGUGCUGAAGAUGAUACCGCCGGAAAUGCCCUGCGUGAUUCCAAGCAGGCCAAGUCUUCUGACCAGACUUGGAAACCCACGCAACCAAUUCAAUUUGGAGUCUCUCAGACUCCCUUGAAGCCUGCUGCUGAAACUACUGAGAAAAGCAACUCUGAGGCCAAUGAUGAUGAGUCAGCACCUGGUGCCAUCUUCAGUCUGGCUGAAGACGCAGCUGAAACGGAGGGUGAAGAGUGUGUCUUCAAGUGUCGUGCUCGCGCUUUCAAGCUCGGCACCGGCUGGGUAUCUCAGGGCACUGGGUUUGCCAGCCUUCUCGUUCACGAGAGUGGUCGUGCACGCAUCGUCAUUCGUGCAGACCCAAGCGGCUCCGUUAUCUUAAACUCACUCCUAAAGAAAGAGUUCGAUUACCAACUCAGCAAUAACUCGGUGCAGUUCAUGGUCCCGCGGGCAGAUGGCCCGCCUGAGCACUGGGCCGUCCGGGUAAAGGCCGAUGCAAUCAAGGGUUUCCACGAGAAAGUGGAGGCCAUCAAGUACUAG